AUACAAGAAACUACCAGAAGAUACAGAGCGAAAUAGGAAUACCGACCACCGAGAAGGAGAACGGCUGAUUUAUUCGUGCAGGCGAAGAAUCCUGAACGUAUCGGAGGUAUUGAGGCCUGAUUGCCGGCGUCGGUAGCCUUUCCGGUGAUCAAUUUUGGGAAUCCGAGGCACCAUCAGAGCAUUUAGGGUUCUUUUUUUACUUAAGCCCUUCAGCUCCAAGUGUUCGACAGUAGUCGUCGCCAAUGAAGCGCAAGGAGUUUCAGGAGGAAGAUUUCUCUUCUCCUUUCAACUCUCACCCCGCAAAGUCCAGAAGACUGGAUGGAGAUGUGCUACAGGCUCUGGAAGAGAACCCUAGGUUUCAUGGUGAAGAGCUGAUGGGACCGCAGAAUGCAGUCGAUGAAGUGCUCCAGACGGCCGCUUCUGUGGCUGGUGACGCAAUUCCUUUGGUCGGUGAUUCGGAUGAGAAGGCAAUUGUGCUGUAUCAGCCCCCGACGCUGCCACGAUCACCAAGCUCCCCUGAGUUUUCCAUAGUGCUGGAUUCCAAUUUGAUUCCAGGGCUGAGAGGCAAGUAUUAUAUUGCCACCGAUCGCUUGCUGCUUUACAUGUUCUGCUUGUUUCGUUGAUUGUCA